AUGAUGUCGGCGCCAGGUAGAGGGUCAGCCCUGCUGAGGGGCUCAUACCGAGUCUGCACCCAGUGUGCUCGCCCAGCGCCCCGGCCCAGGAUAGCAACGACGGCAAGAACAGUCCCUCGGGCUUCCGCCGUUCUUCCCCUAGCCUCUCGCCGCUACUACUCCGCCGAACCGGCCACCGCGCAGCAAACCACCACCACCCCCGAAUCAACACCAACCCCUCCCACAACCACAACCAUAACCCCCUCGACGGACCCCAACCCAGAGACGGCCCUCUACCUCAUAAAAUCAUCCCUGAUCCUCACGCGGGCACCGCUCCUGACACGGGAACAAACCCCCUUCGAAUCCGCCUUCUACUUCUACCAGAAGCGGCUCAACGAGCGGUUAACUGCGCCCUUCCGACGGCAGUUCUACUUCAAGCAGGACACGGCGGCGGACCUGGACUUCCGCAUCAAGCUGGCGGAGCGGCACGGGGUGCCGGCCAAGGACAUUGGGCGGUACAACCCGCGCGGGCGCAUGGCCUGGAACGACGAGCUGCUGACGGGCAGCACCACGUCGGACCCGGCCGAGCUCGUCAACAAGCUGCUCGCCGACGCCGAGGUCCGCGUUAGUGAGGAUGGCGAGCCGAUCGCGCCCGAGGAGCGGGUCCCCGUCGAGAGGCCCGCGCCGAGGAGGAGUGAGGCCGAUGAGAAGGGGGAUGUGAGGAGGCUGGAUCGCGCCAUGGAGAGGACGUUGUAUCUGGUGGUGAGGCGGGAGUGGGAGGAGGUGGUGGGGGGGGUGAAGAAAAAGAGGGAGGCCGCCGCCCGGGUCAUAACCGAAUCCGCCGGCCCCAAUAUGAAUACGUGGGUUGUCGGCCGAGUGCCCGUCGCGCAUCACGUGGUCAAGCCCGUGGUCGGCGAGGACGGCACGACGGUGGUCGACCGCGGCGCGAAGACCUUCUUCCUCAAGGGCCGCAUCAUGACGGGCCAGGCCGACCUCGCCGGCAACAAGCACGGCUUGACCGACUUCAAGUGGCUGACCCGCGAGGAGCUGCAGGAGGUGCUGCCGGAGGAAUAUUACCACAGCGUGCGCGGCAUGAUGGAUCUGAGGUAG